AGACAACAGCACAAUAUCAUGCACAAUUUUAACGUCCAGCUGGUUCCGCCGCAUGGGCUGGCUCGACCAGCAUGGGAGCCGACUGGGUCCACUACGAGCGGCGGUGGCAAGCCACAUCCUCCCCGUUUUUGUCGUCGCAUCACAUCACGUAGUGGCCCGGCCCGGCCAUGUCAGCCAUGGGCACUCGCGCCCCACCCCGUCUGGCCGCUCGACCCCUGAGACGGUGGAAAUGGGCGCAUUGUCUUCAGCCAUACAACCCAAGCAACAGUCGCAGUAGUCGUAGCUGCGGUCUCUGUUACGACACCAGCCGAAUGACUACGACUGCGAUCACCCACUGGCAGCGGAACAUUCCGACUCGCAUGGCACCUCGGACCGCGCGAUGCGUGGGCUGGCGGCGGAGGAUGCUAGACUGCGAGAGUAUUGGAAGCUAUAACCGUCAAAGGUCAUAUCUCCGAGCGGGAUUGGCGGACGCUUGUCUAGACGCAAGAUUGACUACGUUGCAUGUCCAUGCUUGCGUGCAAGGCGGUGUUCGUGACUUGGAGAUGUGUGCAUGAUAAUUGAUCCUCUGGGGACAGUCGCGCUCUGUGAUUGCGACACAGCGGCAGACGCCAUGGCCGCAGAACGCAUAGGCGCGAUUGUGCUCAACUAGCGGGAUCAUGAUCCGUAGACUGGCGAGGGCAGAAUUUCGCUGCAAUCCAAUUUUGACUUGGGGCUGUUUCGCCUCGGGUCUUCUAUGUGUCACGCGGUUCUUGCGUGACUGCCACAAUAAGCACUCGAACUUGCUCUGGUCGGUCGACAGUCGACUGCUCAUUGGUACCGCCCACGACCUCGUCUAUGAUCUGUGCUUUGGUGGAUUGGGUGACGCGACACCGCCGGAUCGGCUGCCGACAUGUGUGCUGCCCUACGUUCACUGCGUGCUCCCGUCGGAGGUCGAGCAGUCAGAGGUCGAGAAUGGCAUCCCUCAAUCUUCAUGUACGUCACCCGAGAUGGGAUCCCAUUCAC